AUAGCAGUUCUACGCGUUCAAUAAUCUGACAUAUACUAAUAGAGAAUUGAUUCUGAAUUUAAGAUAUUCUACAGAUAUUUCGAAAAUGAAUUCUAUUCUGCUACCAACAGAGAUAGAAUUUUACAUCGAUACUAUGAAAAUCCAAGAAAUGGAAAAUCUUGGAAGCCAUCAGUGGUUGGAAUGGCACAGUAGAUUACAAAAACUGAAUCAAGAGGCUUUAAUAGAAGCUUCUGAACUUAAAGAGGAAUACGUAAAGGAAACACUAAUUUCUUUUGGAAAGGUAAACUUGCUCAUUCACGAAGCAAUCCUGAUCAAUAUAUGGAAGCACAAAGUCCUGCCACAACUCCUGAAGAUGAUGCCGUAUCCAGAGAGCACGAUGAUAGCCUACUCCGUGCUCUACCACGAGGCGGUAUGCGUCUCUUUACUUGAACUGGCCACUUACCAUUCCAGCUUUUGCGAAGCCAUGGAGGACGAUGCUUUGGAACUUCUAGAUUAUUGCACCGGAAAUGUUUCGCUUCUUCUAUCCAUCGAAUACAGGGAGCCCAAGACCAAAGAAUCGCCCAAGGAAGAACUGGACAGACAGAGGGACAACUUGAUUUUCGACAUCGGUAUGAAAUGCCUGAGCAUCAUCAGAUACUUGUGCGAAACUAUGGAAAGAUUACCGCUAAGCGUCUGCUCAAGCAUAUACACCAAGUAUGACAUACCGACCUUGUUCAUUGAGAUCCUACGUAGAAAGCCUUGGAUAGAGGGAAAUAAGCAAUAUGCUUCUGGAAAAUGGAGAGACUGGGAUGGAGAAGCAGUUUGUCCUCCAGAAGCGCAGACCUUGCUAACAUUGAGACACAUAUUACUCGACCAGGAAUGUCCCAAAUAUUAUCAAUUAACUGAAUCCAGAAAGUCGCAGCUUCUAAAUUUGCUGACUUUCCUAACGCCAGCAAUUUUAGACCAAUUAUCUCCAUUAAUCGAACUAAAACAGUGGUUAUGUCGUAUGUCUACUGGAAGUCAACAAGCAUCUUCCCUAAAUCCGAUUUUAUUAGAACCUUGUUUGAAUAUCAAAGAGGGUAUAAUGCACCAAACUGGUGGGAAUUGGAAACAGAUAGCGAUAAACCAAUUGCCCGCUAUUUUUUGCAGUGAAAAGGAACAGUUGAUGGAAAGCGCAAAAAUUUUGAAUGAAGCAUACAACACAGACCUUUUGGAAAAAUUCGAUGUUGAAAAUACUGUACCGUGCGCAAGAUGCGGAAAAGAUUCCACACAAAGAUGUUCUCGGUGCAAAAAGUCAUGGUACUGUUCAAGAAAAUGCCAAGUUACUCAUUGGCAACUGCAUAAGGAACUUUGUGUUCAAGUUUAAUAAAUUAAAAAGAAAAAAACAAAAUUAA